UUAAACCCGGAAAAGAAUCAGGAAAAUAUUUAUUAUUCUAAAAUGUUUUUUGUUAGGCCUAUGCUAUGGAUCUAAUAUUUUAAAUACCAUUUUAAUCGUAAUUUAGCUAGAUCUAUGUUGAAAAUCUAAUCUUAAUAAGCAAGAGUUUUCUGCGAUGAAUUCUGAGCAGCCACACAUUAUUAGAAAAUCUUCUGUAUUUUAUUAAAUACAGUACUCCAUAACAACAUCUCAUUUUAAAAUGCCUUAUCAUUGGCAGAGUCACAAUGUCAAAACAAGUGGGGUGGAUGACAUGGUUCUGCUUCAGAAAAUUUCUGAAGCAGGAAUUAUGGACAAUUUAAAAAAGCGUUUCAUGGAUGAUGUCAUCUAUACAUAUAUUGGCCCUGUACUUGUGUCUGUCAACCCUUUCAAAAGCAUAAAUAUAUAUGGUGACAGGGAAAUAGAAAUUUAUCAAGGAGCAGCUCAAUAUGAAAACCCCCCUCAUGUGUAUGCCCUUACUGACAACAUGUAUAGGAACAUGCUGAUUGAGAUGGAGAAUCAAUGUGUGAUCAUCAGUGGAGAGAGUGGAGCUGGUAAAACAGUUGCGGCUAAAUAUAUUAUGGGAUACAUUUCAAAAGUAUCUGGUGGAGGUCCUCUUGUACAGCAUGUAAAAGAAAUUAUUCUUGAGUCAAACCCAUUACUUGAAGCAUUUGGGAAUGCGAAGACAGUUAGGAAUAACAACUCCAGUAGAUUUGGCAAAUAUGUUGAAAUUCAGUUCAGCAGAGGAGGAGAGCCUGAUGGGGGAAAAAUAUCAAACUUUUUAUUAGAAAAGUCUCGAGUUGUCAGCCAGAAUACUGAUGAGAGAAGUUUUCACAUAUUUUAUCAACUAUGUUCUGGUGCCACUACAAAAGUUAGAGAAAAUUUUGGCAUUACAGAACCAAACUACUACAAUUAUCUUCUCCAGAGUGGGACCUACAAUGUUGAUGGAAUUGAUGAUAACAAAGAAUUUCAAGAUACCUUGCAAGCCAUGCAGGUAAUUGGAAUCCACCCAGACACACAGAAUGAUAUUUUAUCCAUUGUUGCUGGCAUACUUCACUUGGGGAACAUAACUUUUAAAGAGUCAGGAAACUAUGCAGAAAUAGCCAGUGCUGAUUUUCUUGAAUUUCCAGCUUUUUUGUUGGGAGUGGAUAAAGAACUGUUGAGAAAUAAACUGAUUGGCAGAAUCAUGGACAGCAAAUGGGGUGGCCAGACAGAGAGUAUAGAGAUGAAGCUAAAUGUCCAGCAGGCCGAGUUCACAAGGGAUGCACUUGCAAAGGCCAUCUACUCAAGAGUCUUUGAUUUCCUGGUUGAAUCUAUAAACAAAGCCAUGCGGAAGGACAUUGAAGUUGUGAACAUUGGCAUCCUAGACAUCUAUGGCUUUGAAAUUUUUGGCCGCAAUGGUUUUGAACAGUUUUGUAUCAACUAUGUGAAUGAAAAGCUUCAGCAGAUCUUUAUUGAGCUGACCCUGAAGGCUGAACAGGAGGAGUAUGUUACAGAAGGCAUCAAGUGGACAGCUAUUGAUUACUUCAACAACAAAAUAGUCUGUGAUCUUAUUGAAUCCAAGUCCCCACCAGGCAUCAUGUGUGUCCUGGAUGAUGUUUGUGCCACCAUGCAUGCUGUCUCUGAGGGUGCUGAUGAAAAGUUGCUAGAGAAAUUACAAGGCCAAUCUGCAACAAAUAAACAUUACCAAGGCUGUAGUGUAGGAUUUAUUAUUCAUCACUAUGCAGGGCAGGUAGAGUACUAUGCAGAUGGUUUCUGUGAGAGAAACAGGGAUGUAUUGUUCUCUGACCUAGUGCUUCUCAUGCAAUCAAGUAGGAACCAAUUUAUCGUUAGCUUGUUCCCUGAAGUAGUCAACACUGCAGCAAAAAGCAGACCAACCACAGCUAGCAUGAAAAUUAAGACUCAGGCCAAUAAACUUGUCGAGACUCUAAUGAAAUGCACACCUCACUAUAUUCGAUGCAUUAAACCUAAUGAGACAAAACGAGCAAAAGAUUGGGAAGACCAGAGGGUCAAACAUCAGGUUGAGUAUCUUGGCCUCAAGGAAAACAUCAGAGUGAGGAGAGCAGGUUUUGCAUUUCGAAGAGAAUUUGCAAAGUUUAUCAAAAGGUAUGCCAUCCUUACACCAGAGACUUACCCUAACUGGAGAGGAGAAGCAAAACAAGGUGUCCUGCAUUUACUUAAGACGGUUAACAUGGACACAGACCAGUACCAGCUUGGGAAGACAAAAGUUUUUAUCAAGAAUCCAGAAUCUCUGUUCUUGCUAGAAGAAAUGAGAGAAAGAAAAUUUGAUGGCUUUGCUAGAGUUAUCCAAAAAGUGUGGAGAAAACAUCACGCUCAACAGAAAUAUUUCAAGCUAAGAGAGGAAGCAUCCGAUAUCCUCUUCAACAAGAAAGAGCGUAGACGUCAUAGCCUUAAUCGUAAUUUUGUUGGGGACUAUCUUGGCUUAGAUGAUAACCCUGAAUUAAGAGCUUUGGCAGGGAAAAGAGAGAGGAUAGAGUUUGCUGAUUCUGUGAAGAAAUUUGAUCGCCGUUUCAAAUUCGUUAAAAGAGAUAUGCUGCUGACUGCUAAAAGUCUUCUGCUAGUGGGUCUUGAGACUAUAAAAAAAGGACCAGAUAAGGGAAAGAAACAAUUGGUUGUGAAACGGAACAUACCUCUAGACCAGAUCUCAGGGAUUGUAAUGAGCACAAUGCAGGAUGACUUUUUUGUUCUAAAUGUCAACAAUGAAUAUGGAAGCUUUUUAGAGAAUGUUUUCAAGACUGAAUUUCUCACUGUUCUGGCAAAGAAAUACAAAGAAAGAACAAACAGAGAAAUUAGCAUACAGUUUCAAGACACGUUAGAUUUCCAAGUUAAGAAAGAAGGUUGGGGUGGAGGUGGAUCCAGGCAGGUGAAAUUUCUUCGUGGUGCAGGUGAUAUUGCACAGCUCAAACCCUCAUCCAAAGUUCUGACAGUCACCAUCGGACCAGGCCUUCCAAAGAACUCAAGACCUGGUAGAAAACCUGUAGUCAAGAGCAAUGGUUCCAGUGCCCCGCGUCGAGCACCAGGCCCCCCUGCCCCUGUUGGAGUUGUGUCUGGUAGAUCAGCUCCUGGUCGUCCUGCACCAGGUCGACCUGCUCCAGGUGCUCCACCCACUGGUCCUCCACCUGCUAUACCACAAGGCAAUGCUCCACCCCCUCCAACAAGUCAACCGCCUUCACGUAAAGCAGGUGAUAAAUCUUUCAAACGCCAGUCAAGUAAAGAUAUCCAGGAGAACCUCAUGCAAAGGCAAGCAUCCAGGCGACCCACUGACAAGACACCUUCACUCCCAAGAGGUGCAGACAGUCCGGCUAAGAUAAUGGCAGCAGCUAAGAAAAUGAACAACAACAACAAUGCUAAUUUCAUGAGACCACCAGAUCCUGGUAUGGCAGGAGCACAGAGACAAAGUUUGAGCAAGCCAGCCCCCGGCGGUGGAAGACCACGACCAACUCCUAAAGCCAAACCAGCUCUACCACAGUGCCGAUGUCUUUAUGCUUAUGAUGCUCAAGAUACAGAUGAGCUUAGCUUCAAUGAGGGAGACAUAAUUGAUAUUAUAUCAGAAGAUGCAUCGGGAUGGUGGAAAGGCAAAGUGAGGGGACAAGAAGGCCUCUUCCCUGAGAAUUAUGUUCAGAAAAUUUAACAAACAUUUAAGGCAAGAUGGCAGGAUAAUAAAACCUAUUUCCUGAGAAUUUUUUGAGUGAAAAUGGAAACAAGGAGUUUGAAGCUCAUUCUCAGGAUUUGAAUGUUACUAUUUUUGAGGAAUUAGGGAAAAUCAUCAACAUGAUAUGAUGAAAUCAGUUCGAUAUGUUUUUAUAUAUAUAUAUAUAUUGUCUGAGUGAAAUUAAAUGGCUGGAUGUAAACAAGUACACCAUAAGGUAUUAAUUAUUUUACUGUUCAUUUCAGUGUGUGCAACAUUUUGUUACUUAUGCUGAUCUUUUUAAUGUCAAUUUGCUGUUAAAAUUCUUUUACAUUAUUUCAUGCAGUAAAAACAUUUUAAAGAUUUUAAAAAGAUUAUUUGUUUGCAAAAAAAGAAAACACCAAAACAAUGAAAUCCUUGUACUAUUUUGCUUACAUACAUUGUUUUCUAGUAAUAUUUAAAUGCUUAAAAUAACAAGACAUUAGCUCUAAAAGUUGUUUGUUAUUUAGUUUUGCUAUUUAAACAUUGUUGAUGAGGAUCAUCUUUGGUAUCAUCAUUUUAACAUAGAACUAUUUUUUUUAAAAGUGUCAGUUGAUAAAAAAUUCUUUUGAUUAAGCAAAGAGCUUUUGCUGGUAGAAACUAAUAACAUGUUUAGCAAAGCAGUUUUGGCAACAACUACAUAAAUAAUAACAAAAAUGAGAAUAAUCUAGGUGAAAAUUUUUAGUAACAUAAUGUCAGUACUCAAAAAUUGAUCACAUCUCAGAGUGGCAUGAUUUUCUGAGACAAAGUUAUGGUGCUGUAGGCUAUUAAAACUUAAUGUACUAUUGAAAUUUAGUGACAUGUCUGUAAGUUAAGUCUAUUGUGGUUUGAACUACAGUAUUUUUAAUGUCAGUGAAUGAAAUUGAUUUUCAGUAUUGUUUAGUUUGAUGUAUUUGACCUACUCUAAAGACCUAUUUGUUUGUUGUAUAUGGCUUAACAUUAAGCUUAUUGGUUAUGACUAAACUAAACAUAUGGCUUAGAACUUAUUGUUUAUGACUAAACUUGAGGCAUUUAAGCUAGUUGUUUAUGACUAAACAUUGGGCAUUUAAGCUAGUUGUUGAUCGUAUUUAAUUUACAUUAAGAACAAAUUUGAAAUUUAAAAAAAAUAUUGUUCUAUAUGUUGCUUUACUAGUCUAUUCUGCCAAAAGAAAUUUUGUAUGGCUAUUUGUUUUUAUCUGUUAUUUUUUUUUAAAAGAAUUUUUUUUAUUCUGUUAAUUUUGUAAGAAAUUUUGAAUGUCAGCAAAUCACUGUAAUCUGUUAUUUUUGGUUUACUUAUAUUUGCUUUCAAUACACAAUUCUACAUUUAUUUUUUUAAGUUACAUUUAGAACCAUUAUUUUAAGUAGUAUAGUAUAUGUGACUUCAUAGGUUUAAGUUAUAUGAAUAGCAAAAUGUUAAAUAUAAAGCUUUUGUAAAAAAAAAUUUUUUGAAUGAUCCAGUAAAACAGCGAUUACUCUGAGGGUGUUUGAAGCCUAAAUGGUUUUAUCAUUAGUAUGGAUGGCCAUUCCAAAUAUCUCAAAAUAGCACACUGGUGCUAAACUACUAAAAUCAUGUUGGAAAUCACAUGUUGUCAAGUUUUGUAGUCUCAACAUGACAAGGAUUGUAUUUAGAUUGAAAAAUUCAAUAUGAAAUGUAAAUUGUCACUAAUUUUGAAUAUUUAUGAAAUAAUUUUAUAAAUGUUAUGUGUAGGGAGAUCUAUCUGUAUUAUAAUUAUUAUUUUAUCAUUCUGAUAUUCCUAGGUAGUAACAUUUUUCUCCCCAUUGUCAGGGAUAAUAAGAUCAAUUUACACUGUUUGAUCUCUAAUUGUGGCUUGUGAAAAUUGCUUUCAACUUCAAAACAAAAUACCUUACUGAUUAAAAAAAGUAUAAGCAUGAAUAUGCAUCUACAGCAGUUUCCAACCUUUUAACCUCUAGUGUAGGCCUACUUCUUGUCCAUGUGUUCCUUUUAUAACCCCCUCAUGUUCUUAUUUUAAAAAGUUAAUAAAUUCUAAUUUGGGCAUAAGAAGGUGUGGUUAGUCCAUUACUUCCUAUGGAUUUUUCCCCUCACUGUGACUUUCACCAGUCUCUGCAAACCAGUACAUUCAUUAAGCCUAAUUUUAGACCCCUUUUAUUUAGUAAUUUCCACUUUUUUCUACACCCCCCCCCCCUUCUCCAGCUAAAGUACAUUUACAUGGGUGUUGUUUUUUGUAAAAUUCUUCUAUUGAGACUGAAGUCAUUCCAUAUUUAAACAGCUGAUUACAACUUUUAAAAUUCCUCAUGUCUGUUAAAAAAUAAUCAUUAAAAAACGCCUUAGCAUUUAACCUGUGAUUAAAACCAGUUGUGCAGUAUGUCUUUCCAAUUUUAUGAAAAUUUGCUGAGAUAACUUUUUUUUACUGUCCCAUGAUUUGUGUAGUAUCAAUGCCUAUUUCAGUGUGUUUGAUAUCUUGACAUUAAAAAUGAGCAUCACUUGUCACUGUAUGUUAAGCAUUUUUGUGUCAUUUUAUUUUUUAAGUUAAAAAAGUUGAUAUGAGAUUGUAAAAUAGCUGUAACAAGCAUUUUACUUUGAUACUAUAUCUUGUUAUUGUCCUUUGUAUUUAAAAAUACUUAUUUAGUCAGUUUGUAAGACAGUGUCUUGAUAUAAAUAAACCCUACAAGUAAAUUCUUCCAUGACUUGUACAUUUUUAGAACAGUCUACUUUUGGCAUCCAAAUAUAGUUAUUUAUAUCUAUCUAUCUAUAUAUAUGCAUUGUUUAUUUUUUAAUUUUUAGCAUUUGGUAUGUAUAUUUUUGUAUGGCUUUACCUUGGUGAAAACUUUCUCAAUUAUCAUAUCAUGUAUUGAAACAUUUCUAUUUCUUGUCAUUUAUACAACAAUGAAACCAUCUAUUUUAGUAAAGCUAAUUAACUACCUGUGAUUGUUAACUUUGUUGAUCAAUCCUGUGCUAUUUUUCUUACAACUUUUAUAUCUCCACAUUCCAAUCUUAUCAGAUACAACCCUGUGAGUAGAUUCUUGUACAUACUGAUUGUAUCUGUCUUGUUAUCUCUGCUUUGCUUCUGGGGCUUCUUUCAGAAUUCUCUUUAAGGGGAGGGUCGUACCCCACCUACCCCAUGGAAGAUCUACUAACCCCCCAUCAAAUAAAAAGAAUUUAUAUGCAAAAUAUAUACUUUGUUCUUCAUCUACUGUUUAACCCGCACCCCCACCCUGAAAUUUAAGGCCCUUCCCCCAUGGAGAAAAUUGUCUGAAAGGAACGCUGUUGCUUCUACUGCUCAAAGCUCAAAAUUCAAGUCUAUUGCUAUAAAGACUGUUGUGCCCAUAUUGCCAGCAGAUUUUUUUUUCAUAUUGGAUUACUGAGUAUUGUUAAAUCAUUUAAACAAUCUUCAGCUUUAUAACAAUGAAAUCUAUCUUAGAUUUUUGAAAGAUUAAAAACUGUAUAAUUUAUUGUGCUGAGGUUAAAUAAUAAUGAUGUUCAUAGAAAAUUUCCUAUGCUAUAAAAUUAAAAGUUAUUAAUUGUUAUGUUUACUAAAUUGUUUAAAUACAGGAUUUUUUUUUUUUAAAUUACAAUAUUUAUAACUCACACAGCCAGUCAGCAAAUAGUCUAUUAAAUGUGUUUCUAAAAGUUUUAAUUGUAUAUAAACUACUUGUAUUGUUAAUGAUUAGUUCCCUUUCAUUUGUUUCCACAUGUUUUUAAUGAUACCAUUACCCAGUCGUUUGAUCUCUGAAACAAGUGAAGUAAAAUUGAGGGGAUAUGAUUAUUUCCCUUGAGGGUAUUUGGAAGUUGUUACACAUCUCAGGCUAAAUAUAGAAAAGCUUCAUCCAUUUAUUUAUUCAUUUAAUUGAGAAUAGUCUUUAUUAUUAGGUGAAUGGAACUGUAUACCUUUUCAAUUUUUCACCAUGUAUUUUACUAUUUGUUUAUUUUAUAUUCAUGUAAUCUCUUCUUCUAAUAAUGACAACCAUCUAUGUCGCUGUGACAACAAGCAAAUUUAUUUGUGUAUUUAAUUUUUUUGCUUCUUUUGUGAAGCAUUUACCAUUUUUAUAAAUAAUUACAUGUAAACAUUAUAUAUUGCAUGAGUUUCUCUAUAAGCUUGCUUAUUUUACUGAGUGCAAGGUGAAAGAUAUAUGUAUGUGCAUAUACAUGUCCUUGUCUGGUUACACAUGAACAUUUGAUCAAUUCAAACGUGUACACUCUGCUAUUAAUAGUUCAGAAAUAAAACAGAUUGGGCUAAAUAUGUCUCUGACUUUUCAGUCAAUUCUUAAAAUGUUAACAAAUUUUGUU